GAGAAAGAGUGGAGCAACCAGUCACCACAGGACUGUGGAAUGCUGCACCUGGGUGUCUUCUUCGUAACAUGGAGGUUGGACUGGGCAGUCCCUUCUAGCUCUGACUUCUCUCAGAUUGGGAUUACAGGAUUCUGGGAAACCAAAGCUCUGCCUGUUGGAAAGUAUAGGGUUCUAGAGCCACUAUGUAGGGCUCUCUGGAUUGGCCUUGGACAGGGAAGAGUGGGCAUUCCAGGCAAGCCAAACGGCAUGAGCAUAAAGGCUUUGGGGCAGGCUGGGGUAGAUUCUGAUGGGGACUGAAUUGAGGCGCUCCACAGGCCCUUCUUGCUCAAGAGAGCCUGUCUCUCCUCCUGUCUGCCACCUACCAUAGCAGUCCUGUACAGGGCAGAGCCCAGAGAUGACCAGACUCCUGUACUCAGCUGCCCAUUCAGCAUUUCCACUAGUAUGUCUAAUGCCAGACCCUUCAUGUUCAUCCACAUCUGAAUCAUCACCCCGUUCUUGCUUCCUCCAUCUCCCUCAUCCCUGGUCACAUCAGCUGUCCCUACAGCUGCUCUGUCACCUUGACUCUCUCUCUCUCUCAGCCCCAGAUCCAAGCUACCAGAAAGUUCUCUGACUCCACCUUCCAAACAUGCUCAGAAUCCACCCACUUCUCACCAUCUCCACUGUCACCAUCCUGAUCUGUGCUACCAUCGUCACCUCCUGGGACUGUUGCAGUAGCUUCCUCGCUAGUCCUCUGUUUCUGCCCUCACCUUCCUAGAGUCUGUCCCUUCACAGCAACCAGUGGGAUCUUUUGAGUCCAUGUCCCCUGCCACUCCCAGAUAUGCCCGUCACUGGGGUAAAACUAUGCUCCCAGAAGAAAAUCAGAGACCACAGUCCCAGUGGGAUCAGCAAAGGUUGUGUGACCGAUGCCAGUUUCAGGGGGGACCAGAGGGCUGAGGCCUGAAUUCAAGGCCUCAAGAGACGGGGGAAGGAGCAGAGACCUACCGUGGCUGAGGCCCCACAAACCCCAAUGCCCUCUAGAGAACACAUCCCCACCAGGGCUAUGCCAGCAUGUGCAGGCACGCCACAUGCUGAAUGGUGUAAUUCUGCAUAUGGGACAUGUGUGCAGACACACACACACACACACACACACUCAUGUUCCUGGCACCAAUGUGUGUGUAGUUGUGCAUGCACCAUGAUCAGAGCUGGGGUCUAGUUGUGGGGUCCUUUGGGGCAUGUCCCAGCCAAUGACUGCUCUCACCAGAGAGGAUGUCGUCAUGGUUCAGGUGGUUGAGUAUUUGCACGCCACCAGCUCAUGUAUAACUGUCUUCCCGAUGUCUCCACAGCCUGACCUUGGACAAGGACCCGAUGCCCAACCCCAGGCCAACCAAGCCCUUGGCCCCGUCCUUGGUGCUCAGCCCAUCCCCAGGAGUCUCGUCCAGCUGGAGGGCUGCACCCAAGACCUCAGACCUGCUGGGGGCCAAGGGCCCGGGGGCAACCUUCCAGGGACGGGACCUCCGAGGUGGGGCCCAUGCCUCCUCCUCCUUCUUGAACCCCAUGCCACCAUCACAGCUGCAGGUGCCCGCAGUGCCCCUAGUCAUGGUGACACCUUCUGGAACACGGCUGGGUCCUUCGCCCCACUUGCAGGCACUCCUCCAAGACAGGCCACACUUCAUGCACCAGCUCUCAACAGUGGAUGCCCAUGCCCGGACCCCCGUGCUGCAGGUGCACCCACUGGACAGACCAGCUAUGAUCAGCCUCCCACCACCCACUGCUGCCACUGGGGUCUUCUCUCUCAAGGCCCGGCCUGGCCUGCCACCUGGGAUCAACAUGACCAGCCUGGAGUGGGUGUCCAGGGAGCCGACACUGCUCUGCACCUUCCCAAGCCCUGGUGCACCCAGGAAAGACAGCACCCUCUCGACCGUGCCCCAGGGCUCCUACUCACUGCUGGCAAAUGGCGUCUGCAAGUGGCCCGGAUGUGAGAAGGUCUUUGAGGAGCCAGAGGACUUCCUCAAGCACUGCCAGGCGGACCAUCUCCUGGAUGAGAAGGGCAGGGCGCAGUGUCUCCUCCAGAGGGAGGUGGUGCAGUCUCUGGAGCAGCAGCUGGUGCUGGAGAAGGAGAAGCUGGGUGCUAUGCAGGCCCACUUGGCCGGGAAGAUGGCCCUGACCAAGCCUCCACCCGUGGUGUCAUCUGACAAGGGCUCCUGCUGCAUUGUAGCCGCUGGCACCCCCGGUGCCACCGUCCCGCCCUGGCCCAGCCCCCAGGAGGGCCCCAAUGGCCUGUUUGCCGUGCGGAGGCACCUCUGGGGCAGCCACGGACAUAGCACAUUCCCAGAGUUCUUCCACAACAUGGACUACUUCAAGUUCCAUAACAUGCGGCCCCCGUUCACCUAUGCCACUCUCAUCCGCUGGGCCAUCCUGGAGGCUCCCGAGAAGCAGCGGACACUCAGUGAGAUCUACCACUGGUUCAUUCGCAUGUUCGCCUUCUUCAGAAACCACCCCACCACCUGGAAGAACGCCAUCCGCCACAACCUGAGCCUGCACAAGUGCUUCGUGCGGGUGGAGAGCGAGAAGGGGGCCGUGUGGACCGUGGACGAGUUUGAGUUCCGCAAGAAGAGGAGCCAGAAGCCCAGCAGGCGCUUCAACCCCCUAGCCGACCCCUGACUGCACAGCCAAGGAAGGGAAGGACAGGGGCCGAGAUGGGGGGCAUAGUGGCAGGGGGUGGGGGUGACAGGCCUGGACAUCCCCACGGCGACCAGGAAGUGUGUGCACUGUCUUGCCUGCCAGGGACCCUACUACCAAGCUGACUACCCCCUGGGUCAUAUGCUCUGCACCAAGGCUGCUCAGAGGGACCUCAGCCCCGCACCCCCAUCAGAGCCCCCCACGACAGGCUCUGCAGGAAAACUGAGCCUUCCCAAUUGACCACACACACAACCUGCCUCGGGCACUCACAGGCAACCUAGGGCUGAAAAACAAGUCACAAUCCUGUCCCAAGGACUUCAUACAAAGAGCCUGUCUCAAUACACUCACACAACCUCACAUCUGCAGUCACACAGACAAUCGCACCCAAGUACGCCUGUCAACCCACAUACCCCAGAGCACACCCCCACAGCCAGCCUCUAGGCCCCUA